AUGUUUAUUGUUGAUUCACGUGUGAAACUUCUUUUCACAACAUUUUUUCCAUCUGCCAUCAAACGAGUAACAUCUGAUUCGUCACUCCCUUGUCUUGAUUCAGUGCAAGUUGAAAGCCCUCCAACUGACAUCCACGUGCGACUUAAAACACACGCGGUUACGAUAUUCGCAAUAACUCCAAAUGUUUAA